UUAAAGACAAUUAAUACAAAUAAAGACAAUACCAUUGAUUACAUACUUAGUUUGGGAUCAGUUUUAGUGAUUAUUUACAUUAACAGUAUAACAGUUAACGAUCAAUAUAUAGUCAAUAAGUUUAGGACAAUGUUGUCGACGUAAUGAUUGUAUUGUUUGUUGAAAUUAAUCGUCUGUUUUGAUCCACACGUCGACCGAAGAGUUGAUCCAAAACAUUGCCAUUUGAUUAAGUGAUUACAAGACACAAGUGAUCAGUGAAAAUGUUGAUUGAAAACAACGAAACGUUCUUGAGUGAAAUGACAAAACUGUUUCAAACAAACCAAACAAAAGGCGGAUCACUAUAUAUAACGAUGAAGAGGUUAGAACCAAGAGAUCAUAAAGUCAAGAGUGGUUCCAAAGCCAAGUCGGAGUCACAAUCAUCGAGUGGUCAGUCGGAGAACAAAUGUCUAAUUCGUGUCCACAACAGCAAGAAGAAGAUAUCAACGAUUGUGUCGGCAAAAGAUGUCAAUAAGUUUCAACUCGCUUACGCUAACCUAUUGAAAGGCAAUUUGAUUGGACUCAAGAAGAGAGACAACAAAAAGAAAAGUCCGAAAUCAAAAGCCACUCAAUAAUUGUUACGAUAUUUAACUCAUUUCAUGUUAUUUUUAAUAUUGUUUUAUAUAUUUUUAUUAAAAACAAUUUAAUAC